AUGACGUCGAUCGGCACGGGUUACGAUCUCCUCAACUCCAUCUUCUCUCCCGAUGGACGAAACUUCCAGGUCGAAUAUGCCGUCAAGGCGGUAGAAAACGGCGGCACCUCAAUCGGCAUCCGGUGCAAGGACGGCGUUGUCCUGGCAGUGGAGAAGAUUGUCGCAUCGAAGCUGCAGAAGCCGGGUGCAAACAAGCGAAUUGCCAGCAUUGACAGCCAUGUCGGCGCAGUAUACUCAGGCAUGAUCCCCGAUGGCCGCCACUUCGUCGACCGUGCUCGAGACGAAGCUCAGAGCUGGCGCCAGAACUUCAAGACCCCCAUCCCCACAGCCGACCUUGCCUCCCGCAUGGGCGGCUACCUCCAGGCAUACACCAUGUACGGCUCCGUGCGUCCGUUCGGCAUUACGGCCAUCGUUGGCGGCGUCGACACCUCAGAAGAGACUCCCGUAGACGGCGAGGUCGGUUCAGGGCCUGCGGUCGGUGCCGGUGGCAAGGUGCCCGGCAAGCACGGCGGUCCUUUCCUCUACAUGAUCGAGCCCAGCGGCCUGUACUGGGGAUACUACGGAGCGGCGACGGGCAAGGGCAGGCAAGCUGCCAAGGCCGAGCUGGAGAAGCUGGAUCUGCCGGCCGGAAACAUUACCCUGCUCGAGGCCGUCAAGCAGGCCGCGAGGAUCAUCUACAUUGCCCACAAGGACAACAAGGACAAGGAGUUUGAGCUGGAGAUGACCUGGAUCAGCACAGUCGACGGCCCUACUAAGGGACGGCAUGUCGAGGUUCCCAAGGAGUUGAGAGAGGAGGCAGAGAGGUUAGCGCGGGCCGAGGACGAGUCUGACGACGAGGAAGAGGAAGAAAAGAAGGAUGAUGACAAGAUGGAAGACUAA